AUGACAAAAUAUAUCCUUGUUUCCGGAGGUGUUGUUAGUGGGAUCGGGAAGGGUGUUAUCGCCUCCUCAACAGGCCUACUCCUAAAAACUGCAGGCCUCAAGGUCACAGCUAUCAAGAUAGAUCCUUAUAUGAAUAUAGAUGCUGGUACUAUGCGACCGACAGAACAUGGCGAAGUCUACGUUUUGAAUGAUGGUGGCGAGGUGGAUCUAGACCUGGGGAAUUAUGAGAGAUACCUCGACGUUACACUAUCCAAAGACAAUAACAUUACUACGGGCAAAAUAUAUCGUGAAGUUAUUGAGAAGGAACGGAGAGGGGAGUACCUUGGAAAAACGGUGCAAAUUGUGCCGCACGUAACGAACGCGAUUCAAGAUUGGAUACAGCGUGUUUCAAAGAUACCGGUGGAUGAAUCAGGAGAGGAACCUGAUAUUUGUAUUGUGGAGCUUGGCGGCACUGUCGGAGAUAUCGAGUCGGCGCCGUUUAUAGAGGCAAUGCGCCAGUUCCAGUUUCGCGUUGGACACGAUAAUUUCGCAUUGAUUCAUGUUUCACUUGUUCCCGACAUGCAUGGCGAGCAGAAGACAAAGCCAACUCAGACUACUGUUCAUGCAUUGCGCGGGCUCGGUCUGCUGCCCGACCUAAUUGCGUGCCGGUUAUUGGGGCGCCAACCCCUUGAAUCCUCUACCAAGGACAAAAUUUCCAUGUUCUGUCACGUUGCGUCGGAGCAGGUGAUAGGCGUUCAUGAUGUCUCGUCUGUCUACCACGUCCCCUUGCUCUUACAGUCGCAACGAAUUAUCGAGUAUCUCCGUAAGCGGCUCAAUCUCGCAAGUUUGAACAUCACAGAAGAGUGGGUUUCCAAAGGGCUGUCCUUGGAAAUGAAGUGGAGAGCCGUAACAAAAGGGCAAGAACGCCUCUUCGACGAAGUCAAAAUCGUCCUUGUUGGGAAGUACACCGAUCUGAAAGACUCGUACAUGUCUGUCAUAAAAGCCCUCGAACAUUCUGCAUUCCGCGUUCGCAGGAAACUCACUAUUCAGUGGGUCGAGUCAUCGGACCUGGAGUCUUCAACGCAGGAAUCUGAUCCUGCUAAAUACCACGAUGCGUGGCGAGCAGUUGUUGGUGCUGGCGGUAUUCUGGUUCCUGGCGGGUUCGGAAAGCGCGGCACGGAGGGUAUGAUUCUUGCCAUCAAAUGGGCACGAGAGCAGAAAAUCCCUUUCCUUGGUAUCUGCCUCGGCUUCCAGAUGGCUGUGGUAGAAUGGGCACGUAGCGUGCUCGAAAUACCAGAUGCUCAUUCGGCUGAGCUCGUUCCCGAUACACAAAAUGCUUUUAUUAUCUUCAUGCCUGAGAUCUCACGCACUCAUAUGGGUGGAACAAUGCGCCUGGGUCUUCGACCCACUGUAUUUGACCGUGAAUUUGAGGCUUGGUCCAAGGCUCGCAAGUUAUACGGCGGCAAUGAAAAAAUGUGGGAAAGGCAUCGACACCGAUACGAGGUCAACCCGGAACAGGUGCAGCGUCUACAGGAGAGCGGUCUUACAUUCGUGGGCAAGGACGAAAAGGGGGAGAGAAUGCAGAUCCUUGAACUCAAAGAUCAUCCAUUUUUCAUGGGUCUACAAGCCCAUCCCGAACUGUGCUCUAGACCACUCAACCCUUCACCACCCUUCCUAGGCUUCAUUGCAGCGUCUUGUGGACAAUCUGAUCUCGAAGAACAGAUCCAGGAACAACUAAAAUCCUUCCGCCCACCUCACCCCGAACAUUCGAUGGUUAGUGAAGAGGCGUUGAGGACAAGUACGCAAGAACAUCCGAUUGCCAAUGGUGUCGGUACCAUGACACCACCAACUGACUAA